AUGGCCUCCUCAGAGGUGGAUCAAAAGUUUCUGGGCUACUUUGCAAAAGUUACUACCACGGAGAACAAUUAUCUUUCUAGUUUCCUGUUCCGCGUCCUCGGCCUUUCGGUAAUUCUUGCUGAGAAACUUCUACGCGCACGCCGCGCAAAACGGCUCGACCCAGUUCGAGACCCAAAAGCCCGCCACUUAAUUCACCACAUAUUAUGGCUCGCCCGCGAAGGCCUUGUUAUGGUGGAGCAAUAUGUGCUCCCGAUGGUUGGCCAUUACGUGGAACUCAAGGUGUUGAGUUACAAACUGAAGGCCAGCUUCUACCAUAUUUUUGUACUGUUUCAUAAUGAGCCUCCCGUGAACGAUCGCAUUAAUCGGAGAAGGAGCAUUGGGAGCGGGGAUGCGAGUUAUACGUUGUUUCCCGAACCUUUGAGUCCGCGGGAGUCAAGGGAGGAUAGAGAAAGGCUCGGCAGACAAGCCACCACAAUCAGAUCUCCUGCGGGAAACGGACGAAGAAGAUCGCCAGCUAUCAGUCUUGGGGGUCCAGUGGGUGGUGGGGGGAUGACAGCGACCACCCGGACUCCUCCUGGUCUUCCUCUUCCCGCAACAUAUCCUUACUACGCCAAUGGCAACAACGGCGAUGGCAAUGGCAACGGCAAUGGCAACGGCACAGCAACUUUCCUUCUUCUUUUGCAGGAUUAUACCCCUUACGCAACCCAAGCGUUCCGUGAAGCCGAUGAACUCGCCGAGCGCCUUCUUCCAGGAUCUCAUCCGGUCCGCCUAUCUGUCAAAGUCGAGUACGUCGCCUACGUCUACGACUGCCUCCACGAAGCGGAGGCAUCGCGAAAGAUGGCGAGGAUGGCCAUCAGGCACGUGUAUGAAGCGCAGGAGGGUAUGGAUGAUGAUUCGUUUCAGGAUGCGGCCGAAAUGGUGGGAAUAUUAGGGCGGAUGAUGAAGAGAGGACUGGGGGGAGGGGGAAGCAGUGGCAGUCAGAUGCAGGGACAAAGUGUCGGCGGAGGAGCAGGCGGAAAGAGAGAUGCCCAGCAACCAUCGACGUGGGUAUAG